AUGCCAGGAGAAAAUAUAGCAGAUGAACAAAUCAGUUGUCCAAUCAAAAAUUUUCAAGUUAAUACUUGCUAUACAAUAAUUGAUAUUGUAAGUACACAGAUAGUAGAGCGAUUCAAUGAUCAAUCUACUCCACUUUAUAAAGAUAUUUCACUUUUUCAAGAAAAAAGAUUAAAAGAAGUAGCAGAGCAGUCAAAUUUACCUACUGAUGCUUUUGAUGGGUUUGAAAUGGUCUAUGGGAAAUUUGUACAAGCUGAUGAUUUAAGACGUGAAUGCAAACAAUUUUCAGAUUCAUAUUUUAUGUUUAAAAAAUUAACGAUACUACCAGAAAAAAUUCACAGAACAGAUGAUAUCAACGAAGAAAUAGAAACAAGUGAUAAUACUGAAAGUGAUAUUGAUCCAGAAGAUCUAGACUUAGCAACAAACCAAGGAAAUAUUUCGACGGUUUUUAAGGUGUGUCAUCAAAAUGAUUUAAAAGAAGUGUUUCCAUCCAUUUAUAUUGCAUUAUGUAUAUGUUUAACUUCACCGGUUUCAAGUUCUUCUCCUGAAAGAGCCUUUUCUAAAUUGAAGCUAAUUAAAAGUAGAUUGAGAAGUACUAUAUGA